AUGAAUCCAUCAACAGAACCGCAAGCAUUUGGUGCCGGCCGAGCCGGAUCUGCAUUUGAUGCAAUUGAGUUUAUUAAAAAACCUCAAGUUAUCUUACGAAUUGUUGCUUGGGUUUUUGCUAUAAUUGUUUUUGCAUCUCUUGCCCAAGAAGGUUAUGUUGAUGGUACAUGCCGUUAUAAUGGUUCGAAUGCUUGUGGUUAUGGUAUUGGAAUUGGUGUUAUUGCAUUUCUUUUAACAAUUGCAUUUACAGCACUUGACGUUUAUUUUCCAAAUAUUUCAAAUAUUAAAACACGUCGAACAGCUGUAUUAGGAGAAUUAGGAGCAUCAGGUGCAUUGACAUUUUUAUGGUUUAUUGGUUUCUGUUAUAUGACUGAUCAAUGGCGACAAGAAGAUGAAAAAGAUUUACCAGGAUGGAAUGGUCGGAAUAGUGUUCAAGCAGCUAUUGCAUUUGCUUUCUUUUCAAUUUUAGUUUGGGCUGCAUCAACUUUCUUUGCAUUUCAACGUUAUCGCGAAGGUGUUUCGAAUUUAUUCAGUUCAGGUUAUGAAGAUCAUUCCGCAGGCGGUGGACAAACUUAUGGCGGCUAUCCACCAGCUGGCGGUGUUGGUAGCUUUUCUCAACCACCAUUUACAGCAACACAACAAGCACAAUCAAAUUAUCAACCACCAACAUAUUAA